AUGUCAUACCCGGACGACAGCAAAGACGUCUUUGUGGACGAAAACCCCGACACUUUUACGUCUAUCGUAGAGCAAGACAUUCUCGUCAAAUAUGAUUUCACCGACUCUGAAAACCGGGCACUCGUCCGCAAACUCGACUGGCACAUCCUCCCCUACCUCUGGUGGGCAUACAUAUUCAACUCUCUCGAUCGAUCCAACGUAUCCAACGCUAAAUCCGACGGCAUGACCACCGACCUCCAUUUUCCCGACGAAGGCUAUUCUCUCAUGCUAACCAUCUUUCUCGUGCCGUUCUGCUUGUUGGCGGUACCGAGUAUGAUGUUGACGCGAAAGGUCGGGCCUAGGUGGACCGUGCCGGGGUAUAUGAUAGGGUGGGGGAGUAUGGCCAUGAUCAACGCGGGGUGUAAGAAUUUUGGCGGGGUUCUGGCUGUCAGAUUAUUGCUGGGAGCUUUCGAAUCAGGCUUCGCAGCAAGCUUGAUCUACUACCUCACAACCUUCUAUACCCGCGGCGAGCUAGGCAAACGCAUCGCAGUCUUUUACUCGUGCAACGCCCUCUCUGGCGCAUUCUCCGGGCUCAUCGCUUACGGUGUUUUCCAAAUGAAAUCAUCCCUCCACGGUUGGCAAAUCCUCUUUCUCAUUGAGGGCGCUUUUACUGUUGGUUUUGCGGUGGUCACAGCUUUAAUGUUGCCCUGGUCUAUCAAUUCUGCGCGUUUCUUGAGUGAGAGGGAGAAGGAGGUGGGGAGGAUGAGGGUCUUGAAGGAUGGAAGUUCUGAAACGGGGACAAAGUUUAAUUUCAUGGCGUUCUUUGAACCGCUAAAAGACAAGAGGUUUUGGGCAUUUGCUUGUAUCGCAUUGACAUAUGGCUGCGCCUCCUCCAUGGCCGGAAACUUUCUCACCCAGAUCGUCGGCCGCUUCGGCUUCUCCACCGUCAAAACCAACCUCUACACUGUCGCUCCUUACAUUACCGGUACCAUCGUCCUCCUCAUCACAUCCUAUUCAUCCGACUAUUAUCGUGAACGCACUUUUCAUUUAGCUUCGGCACUGGUCUGGGUUAUGGCGGGGUGCCUGGUGCUGGUCAAGAUCCCGGUGGAGAGCGUGGGAGUGGGGUAUUUUGCAGUGUUUUUGAUUACGGCAGGGGCGUUUACGCCGCCGGUGUUGUUCCACACUUGGCAUCAGAACAACGAUUCAUCAGAGGACGGGCGUGCAUUCAGAGUCGCUACAUUCACCCUCUUGGCCAAUACAGGCGGUUUUGUCUCCGCCAACAUAUUUCUCGACAAAUGGUCCCCUGCUUAUCGCAUCCCCCUCUCCAUAACAUGCGGUCUUGAAGGUCUCGGUCUUAUCUUGAUCAUAGGGCUGGGAGUGUGGAUGAGGAGAGAUAACAAGAGGAGAAAUGAACAGCAAGGGGUGCAGUGGGGGAGUGAGGAUGUGCCGACGGAGGCUCUGAAGGAAGGGCCGAGGAAUUUGAGUUAUCGACAUUUUGUCUGA